AUGCUAAUUAAACCUCAACUUACUCAAUUAUAGAGAUGGAGAANAUCCUAUUGUGAUGUUGCAAUUGGAAUGAGCAAUGAUGAUAAUGCAAAAUUAGUAUACAUAGGCAAGAAGCACUUCAAUUUUGGAAGGAAUGGUAUGAUCAAAUUAAUUUAUGAAUAGGAAGACAAAAAGAAGUUGUGGAAUUGAGUGAUGCCUUUAAAAACUACCUAGAAAACAAGAAUAUGUUGGACAAAGAGCAUUUGGAACGAUCUUUGAGGAGGAAUGUAACUGUGCACCAUUUAAUUUAGCAAUAAUCAAAGGGCAGGAGUGACAGUAGUGAGUCAUCAAGAAGGUAGAGUCGAAGUGUCAGCAAGAAGUAGAAGAAGAGUAAGAAAGCGGACAGAAAGCAGUCUCAAGGAUAAGGAUCGAGAAGGAGAUCGCCAUCUUCUUCUGGGGAACCCAGAAAAAACAAGUAGGUCAAAAAGAUUAGACAAUCAUCAAGGAGUUCUUCCUUAGAAUUGAAUAAGGAUUAAUUGAAUGUUUAACCUAUCAAACCUUAACAGGUGUUCACUGAUAAGAAUAGUGUUUAUAUCUUCUCGAUACCACAGGAAGUUAAUGAGAAUGAAGUUAUCUCAGAGAUUGUUACUCAUCAUAAAUAGAAUGCACCUAUUAAUCAUACUUGGAGUUAUUAUUUAUUUAAAUUAUUAAGACACUUCUGAUAAGAUGCAAUAUUUGGAGUUAUAAUUUUAAGAUGAAAAUACUGCUCAAUUUUUAGUCAAUUUGAGGCCCUGUUUGCAAGUUAAGGGCAUUCCUCUUUUGGUUGUGGCUAAAAAGUAACGACCUGUUUAGGAUUUAUUGAGGAAUUAUGAGGUGCAAGUUGAAUUAGAUAGAGAUGUACCUCCUUUUAAUGUCUAUUUGGAGUUUAAAAAGUAUGGAGAUCUAAUUGGGAUUUAUGUAUUUUAGUAGAAUAGGAAGUAUGGCACCUAUUUAAUUUUCAAGUUAUUUACUCUUGUAUUCAUCGUCCUCUUAAUUGCAGGAGGCAUUACGUCCUCCAGUCCAUUUAUAAUUGGUCAUUAACGAUUAAACUGUUAAUGCCAACGCCAAGAUUAUUGAUAAACCUAUUGAUAUCCAACGACCAUAUAUCAAAGAAACUUUAGCUUAUUAGCUUAGCACUUAAUAGGACAACAGUAUUUCAAUUCUUAUAUUAUAGAAGAUAGAAAAAGAAAAGAUAAAAAAUGAGAAGCCAUUUAAUUUAAUAUUCAAAACAAUAUAUUUAUU